AUGAAAAUCAAGUCCCUCACGAGGCCACCUGCGCCUCCGGGCGAGGGCGCUGUGCGCCAACCUCGAAACCUCGAUCCAAGCCAUCACCCUUUUGAACGGGCAAGAGAAUAUACAAGGGCCCUCAAUGCUGUUAAAAUGGAGCGCAUGUUUGCCGCGCCGUUCAUCGGACAGUUAGGCCAGGGCCAUGUCGACGGUGUCUAUUCCAUGGCGAAAGACCCUGGCUCAUUAGAGAGACUUGCUAGUGGAAGCGGUGAUGGUGUGGUCAAAGUAUGGGACCUCGCAAGCCGCGAUGAGUUUUGGAGCGUGAGAGCACAUGAAAACGUGGUUAGAGGUUUGUGUUGGACUCCAGAAAGGAAACUACUGUCUUGCGCCACCGACAAGACGGUCAAAGUCUGGGAUCCAUACAGCACAGAGCGGAGCGGAGUGCCUCUGACAACUUACCUGGGCCAAGGGGCAUUCACUGAUAUCUCACAUCAUCGGAAUCACGCCUCAUUCGCUGCUUCAUCCAGUGCGAUAUCACUCUAUGACCUAUCCAGACCUGCUUCCGGCCCAUCUCAAGUCUUGCAGUGGCCGACCUCGACUGACACAAUCACUGCUGUUUCCUUCAAUCAAACCGAGACAUCUGUCCUGGCAUCAGCGGCCCUGGAUAGAGCCAUUGUCCUCUAUGAUCUCCGCACCUCUUCGCCUCUGACCAAAGUGGUCCUGAGGCUGGCGUCCAAUGCCAUUUCUUGGAAUCCGAUGGAAGCCUUCAAUUUCGCUGCUGCAAAUGAAGAUCAUAACAUCUACAUAUUUGACAUGCGGAAAUUGGACAGGGCCCUGAACGUACUGAAAGAUCACGUGGCUGCGGUCAUGGACGUGGAAUUUAGUCCCACUGGCGAAGAAUUGGUGAGUGCAUCGUACGAUCGAACCGUGCGGCUGUGGAAUAGAGAUCGAGGCCAUUCGAGAGACGUGUACCACACGAAGCGAAUGCAGAGAGUGUUCAGUUGCCGCUUUACCCCGGACAACAAUUACGUCUUGUCCGGCUCAGACGACGGCAAUGUCAGAUUAUGGCGAGUUGAUGCAUCGAGUCGACAGGGUGUCAAAUCGGCAAGGCAACGACAAAAGCUCGAGUAUGAUCAGGCCUUGAUCCGGAGAUAUGCUCACAUGCCGGAAAUUCGGCGCAUCAAACGCCAUCGGCAUCUCCCCAAAACUGUAAAGAAAGCAGCAGAGAUCAAAGGGGAGGAGCUCAAGUCGAUGAAGAGGAAAGAAGAGAACGUCCGCAAACACAGCAAGAAAGGCAGUAUGCCCCGACACAGUGAGAGAGAAAAGAUGGUUCUUGGAACGGAGAAAUGA